CAUGUUUUGCUAGAAUGACUUUUUAUAUUUAUUAUUGAAGCGAGCACUGGGCUCAAAUGGAUGGCGUUUUCUAGUAUACAUCCGUGACUGCGAACGCGUCCUAUAAAUUUGACAUUUUUUUUUUUUUUUUUUUUUUAUCUUUUUACUUUAUCUUUAUCUCUAUUAUACCAAAGAAUGAAUAUUCUUCAGAACAGAAUCGAAACAUUCAAAACCAGUAUGGUUAAAUGGCCCCAUACUGGCAGCCAAUAUAAUAAGAUAGAAACGUUUGCUAAAGCUGGUUUCUAUUUUGUCCGUCGCCCUAAAUACCCGGACAGCCUUCGUUGUUUCAUGUGUGAUAUCGAGUUAAGCAACUGGAGACCUGGACAAUCACCUUUCUCUCGACACACACAGGAAUCGCCUACUUGCGCUUUGCAAUGGUUAAAUUACCCUGAUCUCAACAGGAAACUGCUUGCAGUUAAUAAAAAGGACCCAGCAACAGACCCAAGAGGUGCAACGAUGAGAACUGCUCGCUUGGCUACGUUUAUCAAUCAUAACUUCUGGCCUCCUAACAAGGACAUGUUACCAAAGAAAAAAUACCCAAGUGGUAACAAGCUUGCCGAUGCGGGAUUUAUCUUCUCACCUACACCAACGCAAGCCUCAAGAAUCAGAUGCCUUUAUUGCAGAAUAACUAUUGAGGAGCCUUCUGCUAAUGAGAAUUUAUUACAUAAGCACCAAGAGUUAUCAAAUGGUUGCGAGUUCUUUAGUUUAACUCCCAAUAUGCGUGCAACAAGGAGUCGUAGAGACACUAUUGACAGCACCCAUAGUCACGAUACGUUUUCUACUGCGCAAAGUCAUCCAAUGGAUAUUGGCACCAAUACUGAACAAAAGAAGCGCAAGCCAAGUAUCAAAUCAAAUCAACCAUCCAGCCAAGACUAUAAACAAUCCACAGAUGUCAAACAGAAGACUAAACGACAACGAACAGUCAAGGGGAAACCAGAAGACAGUUCUAUCGCCACUGUAGACAGUCUUAUUGAUGCAGAGCCGAUCAAAAUUGUAAGUCGAAAAAAGUCCACUGAAGCAUCUGCUACUGCGCAAUCAAUCGCAAGUCACAAAGGCGGAAUUUCAAAAAACCGAACUGGACCAGCAGAUGUAUGGGAUAUUGAUCAUAUGUUUUCUUUACCACCCAUUUCGCGUCGCUCAGCUGUCACAUUUGGAAAAUCUACUGGUCGCAGAACAUUAACAUCUGCAAAGAUCUCAGAAGCAGGAGUGAACAUCUUCGCCAACCUGAAGACACCACUCAUUGCCAAGUCAGUCGAGGACGAAAGCAAGCCCAUUACAUCACCUAGCAAUCAUACCCUCGCUACUACUACAAAACUUACUGAUGAAGUAGAUACUCUUGUCCAAUACAAGAAAUCAAGCAGAAGGGAAGAUGAAAUUCCUGCUCAAUCCAGAACAGCCAAAAAGCGAAGCCUUUCUUCUUCGAGCAACACCCCAAACACUAAUAAGCACCUUCGCCUCAAAGUAGUAGUAGACACAAAAGCAGUAAGUCCACAACCAACAACCGAGGAUAUAUUUGCUGAUAACGUACCUGUAAAGGUAAUAAUAAAAGAAUAAAAGGCUAAGAUAACAGGAGACUAAUACUUUUUUUUAAAAAAAAAAAUAGAGAGAUAAAGGAAAGGGUCGUGCUGUUGAACAUACCAUU